AUGGCGUCUCAACUCCUCCCUCUUGAACUCAUCGACAAGUGUGUCGGAUCAAGAAUCUGGGUGGUUAUGAAGGGAGACAAGGAAUUCAGUGGUACCCUGCUCGGUUUCGAUGACUACGUCAACAUGGUUCUGGAAGAUGUCACUGAGUUCGACUAUUCCGGAAACCACACUAAGCUACCCAAGAUUCUCCUGAACGGCAACAACAUCUGCAUGCUCAUUCCUGGUGGAGAGGGUCCCGUGAACGCGUAA